AUGGAGACCGCAAUAGCUAAAUCUUUAAAGCAAGUUAUCGAUAAAGUUAAUUCAGCUAUAAAAAAUAGUACUAAAACCAGUAGAUGCACAAUAGUAGGUGCUUCUAAGACAAAGCCUCUUGAGUUAUUGUAGCAAGCUUAUGACGCUGGUUUAAGACAUUUCGGUGAAAAUUAUGUUGAUGAAAUUGUCACAAAAGCACCUAAACUUCCAUAAGACAUAAAAUGGCAUUAUAUUGGACAUCUACAAACAAAUAAGAUUAAAUAAGUACUUGUCCCAAAUCUGUACAUGCUUGAAACAAUAGAUUCAAUAAAGUUGGCAACUAAGGUAAAUAAAGAAUGCUAGAAGCUAUCCAAAAAGUUAAAAGUUUUAAUUCAAGUCAAAACAAGUACUGAAGACACCAAAUCAGGAGUAAGUACUGAAGAUGCUCCAGCUCUUGUAGAGUUUAUUAUGACACAAUGUCCCAAUUUAGAGUUUUCAGGUUUGAUGACAAUAGGAUAUGAAGGGGAUGAGAACGCAUUUAUUCAACUUUACGAUUUGAAAAUAGAAAUAUGUGAGAAAUUUAAGUUGAACAAAGAUGAAAUAGAGCUAUCUAUGGGAAUGUCAUAAGAUUUUGAAAAAGCAAUUCUUUAUGGAUCAACUAAUGUUAGAAUUGGAACAACUAUUUUUGGAGCAAGAGAGUAUCCUAUGAAGGCCUAAUGCAAAGAAGAACAUAUAGAUGUUGCUGAAACAAAAUAAAAUGAAUAAUAAUCAUAAAAAAAGGAAACAGAAACUCAAUAGGAAGGGAAAAAAAGUGAGUGA